CUGAUUGAAGCCGCUGAGAGGGCCGGUGUCCGGAGAUUUGUGUCCAGCGACUUUGGCGCGUUCCCCGAGGGGUCACUGAUGUAUCAGGCUAUGCGACCAUCUUGGCAAAGAAGGGCAAGGCAGCAGAGCUCAGUCUUGCGGGAGAAAGCCAAGCAAAACCCACCAUUCACCUGGUCGACAUUCGUGAACGGCCCCCUUUUUGGACAGGACUUUGGCUUCGAUGUCAAGAGUCAGUCGGCGAUUAUCUUCGAUUCUGGGAACGAGCCUCUCACCGCGAUGGCUAUCAAGAACAUCGGGCAGGCCGUCGCGAGCAUGCUCGAGUUCCUAGAGCAGACGGCGAACCGACCUCUCCAGAUCUCUGCACUGUUGACUACACAGAAUAAAAACACUAAGGGUCGGACCCAAACCAAAUGGAACAAGGUUGAUAUCAGUACGAAGGAUGCCGAGCUCAAGGCUGGGGCCAUGUUACGCAAUGGCGAUUACAAGGGAGCAUACAUAGGUCUCUUGGUCGCUCAGUUGUUCGAGGAUGGAGCGGGCAGGGGAGUUGGGACAGGAGCAGACAAUAAGCUGCUUGGAGUGGCACCCGAACGGCUGGAAGAUAUCAUUGAGGUGACUGUAACCGAGGCCUAG